UUCACUUCAGACAUCUCUCUUUCCCUCUCUCUCUCACGAACGAACACCAUGUACUCUUCAAAUUCAGUUGAAUAUCACAAAGAGGCACCAUCUCUGCCACCAACAGCGCCACCGUAUACACUCCCACUACCAGAACCACUUGCUUUCCCUGAGCCAAACAUUACUCAACGCAAUGAAAGAAAUCAAACAAAUAAUUCAACCGCUUCAAACUCCGAUCCUCUGAGCCCAAUUCCUUGGUCCACUGGUCUCUGUGAUUGUUGUGAUAAUGUUAGCACUUGUUUCUUAACAUGCUUGUGUCCCUGUGUUACUUUUGGACGAAUUGCAGAAAUUGUUGAUAGAGGGUCGACCUCAUGUGGACUGAGUGGAACUCUGUACACUUUAUUAAUGUGCCUGACGGGUUGGCCGUGCUUGUACUCGUGCUUUUAUCGAUCAAAAAUGAGGGGACAAUACUUGUUGGAAGAGCGACCGUGCACAGAUUGCUGCGUGCAUUGUUUUUGUGAGCAAUGUGCUUUGUGUCAAGAGUAUAGAGAGCUUAUGCAUUACGGCUUUGACAUGUCAAUUGGGUGGCAUGGGAACAUGGCAAGGCGGCAACGAUUAGCAGCAAUUGAAGGAAGCAAGACUCGUAACAUAUAG